AUGAGUGCAUUGGAUUCGCCGAUUCCUCCACCCUCUUCGGGCCUCGACAGCGUCGCCAAGUAUUACUCGGACGACGAAAAGAAAGCCAGCAAGAAGAGAGACUCGCGAUCACGGUCACCAUCUAUGGAAAAGGAAAAGAAGAAAGACCGUCGUCGCCGAAGCCGCAGCUCAUCGGCGAGUGGAGACGAGAAGAAACGUCGUCGAAGCCGUUCAUCCUCUCGGGAUUCACAGGAAAAGAAGUCGCGGCGUAGACGCAGUGGCUCUCGGGAUCGUCGCCGUUCUCGCUCGCGCACUUAUUCACCAAAUCGACGAUCAUCGGGUGGAUCAGUGACCCGUAUUCAUGUCAGUGGCUUCGAUGGAGCCGUUUCGAGACGUGAUCUCAGCAAAGCUUUCGGUGAAUUCGGCGAAGUGACGGAUAUCUGGUUGACGAGUCGUCAACCACACUAUGCUUUCAUCACUUUCGGCGAUGCCCGUGACGCGGAUGAUGCGAUGAAGACCCUGAAUGACACAACUCUGUGUGGCAGCCGUAUUCGUAUCGCUCACGCUCUCCCACGUCGCAUCGGAUCGGGUGGCGGUGGCGGCGGCGGUGGUGGUGGUGGUGGUGGACGCUUUGGAGGCGGCGGUGGAGGACGUCGCGACUACGGUGGUGGACGUGAUUACGGUGGUGGACGGGACUCCUAUCGUCGCAGCAGUGAUCGCGCACCCGCUCUCGUUCGCCACCACGUCGUCGUGAAAAGCGGUCAUCAUCUCGCAGCCGCUCCCGCUCUUAAGCAACCAACAGAAAGCUGU